ACAAUCAUGAGAAGUCUGGCGACUAGGCACACAUGAAUUUGCUUUUGUAAUGUCAGAGUUUGCAGAGAGUCUUGUGAAGCAAUUAGAAGAGCACGUUACCAAACUGAAGAAAACCCACGAAGAGAGCAAGCAGCCGAUCACAGAUGACGUGCCAGAGCUGAGGUUGUUCUGCUUACUGCUUGAACGCAUUUUGAGAUUUGGCCAAAGAGAGAAGAUGACUUUCUUUGGUGACAGGAAAGAUUAUUGGAAUUAUUUGUGUGACUGUUUACAAGGAAGUCGAGCUCUUGAUGAUUCGGUGCAGUCCGUUCAGCGAUACACACAUUUGACUACUUUGCAAGGAAAAGGGAGAGCUUUGAUAAGAGAGUCAUUAGUACAUGGAAAUCUAGCUGAUAUGAUGCAAGUAGCAACGAUGGCAAAACAGACAGCUGAUUGGUAUCGACCGGAUGCUAUUAUGAGAGACCAGCAACUUUCAUCAAUGUUGAUUUCUGCACUGUACGAAAUGAAUGACGUUGCAUUUCACUUGUCUCAAGCUGGACAAGAAUUAAAUGACAAUUGGCCUUCUUUUUCAAAGAAAGCAUUUCACAUUUCUAAUGAAUCAACUGGAUAUUCUACUUUUGUUAGCGAUUUUGAUAGUAUUAGACCACGAGAUUUUAAUGUUGAUACAUCUAUUAGCAGCGCAAAUACAGGAAAUAUUGCAGAACCCAUUGUUAAACGAACUCGUAGAAAGAGCAAGGCAGGCCAUGUCUCAAUUGAUACUUUGGAAAAGUACAUGAAAAUCUUGGAAGAAAGCAUUCAAAUAGAUUCGUCACAAGAAACAAACCAAGACUCAGGGGCACAAAGUGACGACAUAGAUGGUGAUGACAGAGAUGAUCAGGCUCUUCCUGUUUCAGUGAAGAAACUUCAGAAGAAACUGGAAGGAUGGAGUGUUUCAUAUGAGUCACAGCUCAAUGAGCUAGAAACUGAGCUUCAACAUGAACGUGAUGAAAGAGUAGCAGACCAGGCAGAUGCUGAACGUUUACAACAACAUCUUAAAGAUCAGCUGAAUGAUUUUCGGCAAGCAGAAAACCAAUUGAAAGCAAAAGUUGAAAGUCUUGCAUCACUUUUGUCUGCAAAGUCAGAAGAACUAGACACAAAGCAAGUGCAGCUUGAUGAUUUACUAAUGAAAUCAAAGUUAUGGGAAGUUAAAGGCAUUGAGUGGCAGGCUAGACUAGAUGAUACACAUGAUGAAAUGAAGAGUUUACAAGAAGAUCUUAGUGAAUCAAGGCAGAAAUUAAAUGCAGUAGAAGCUGAUUAUGCAUUUCUCUGUUCAAUAAAAAACAAUCUUGAUGAGAAACUAGAAGAUACUGACAAACAAUUGGCUGAGAAAGAUGCACUUGUUGCUGAACUGGAAAGAAAUUUCAAGCAUUCCUUGGAAGAAAGUGAGGUCACAAAGAGAGAUUUAGAGGAAGAAAGAGAAUUGAAAACUGAACUUGAAAGUCGACUCGAGGCAGCUGAGACACAAAUAUCUAAGCUAUCGAAUGACUACAACAGGCAAGAGUCUUAUGGUGAGGUGAAAGGUGAACAGAAGGACAGAGAUGGUUCUCCAUUAUCUGAUGUCACAACUGAGGAAGGGAAGCAGGUAGUUGAACAGGAUUCACAACUGGAUUAUCCAAAUAUUCAUAUAAAGCAGAGCAACUCAGAAGAGGAGUCACUGAGAAAGGAGACAGUAAGACUGCUUGAGGAACUGAACACAGCUCGGAUGGAGAUAGAAGAACUAAAACAAGCAAAUGAAGAUUUAACAAGAAAAUGUACGGCUGCUGAAGAAAUGGUAGAACAAAGAGAAGCAGAGUUGGCACAGAAAGCAAGCACAUUACAUCAAGUGCCUUUUGCUAUGAAGUCAAUCCGGAACUCUAGUAGAGAUGUUGAUAAAGAUGAAAGCACUAAUAACUUGUUACUCGCUGAGAUAUCUGAACAGAAAACUGUUGCAGUGGAGGAUGAGACCAUGACAGACAAGCAAGUGGCUGUAUCUCACAAAGAGGUAGAAGUUAUGAGAAGGACAGCAGAUGAACAAGUGAGACAAAGUGGAGCAGCUGACGAAGAACGUCUACAGACAGCAGAGACAAUGAAUACAUUAACAGAUGAACAGCAGCAAAUAUGGAGCAAGGUGAAACACGAUGUAGAUACAACAGAUGUGUUAAAGGAUGUUCAAGGAGAGAUUUCUAACUCAUCUUUUGAGGUUGAAGAACUGAAACAUCGUUUGAAUGAAGAAGAGCAGAAACGUUUGUUGACUGAGCAAGAAUGUGCAUCUCUCAAGUAUCAAAUGAGCACAGAUGUCAUGCAAUACAAACAACAACAAGAUACUGUAAAAGAGCUUCAAAGAGAGAUUGCUGAGUUGCAGAGGAUGAUAAGCGAAAGCACUAAGAAACUGCAGGACUCGAAGACAGAAAUGAUGACUCUAAAAGGGCAAAGAGAUUCAGCACACGGGGAUAAAGAACAAAUUCAAGUGAAGGUUGCCAGUGUCGAGCAGCAGCUGAGGCAGUUGCAGGUGGAAGCGAACUCUUUAGAGGAUCAACUGUUUGAGGUUACUUCAGAGCGAGAUAGGAACAGAAGGGAGGUUUUGAAACUGGAUGAGCAGCUUUCUCACAUUCAAGAGCAAAUGUCACUUACAGACAAAGAGCAGAUUAGGAAAAUGUCUGACUUGAAAGAGAAGUACGAACAGAUGGAAGAGCAUGUAGUGAAUGUUGCAAAGCAAAAAUCUGCCUUGUGGGAGGAGAAUGCACAAUUACGACAAGAUCUGGCAUUGCAGCUGAGCAGAUCAUGGGCUGAUGAGGCUAUUGCACGACAAUGUAACGAUUGUAGAACAGAAUUUGGUCUUAUGACAAGAAAGCAUCACUGUCGAUCAUGUGGUCAGAUAUUCUGUGCUGCAUGUACAGAUCAUUUUGUGAUGUUGGCAUCAUACAGUAAACCAUCUCGAGUGUGCUCUGAUUGCCUUGAGAUGAUCAAGGAGGCUAAACAGAAAGGGUCUGUCACUCCAAGUAGUAAACGUCAGAGAUCACGUACUCAACAUUCAGCUAGUGUAUCAAGUUCUUUCAGAGAUCAGGCCAGAGAGACAAUAGAAGAGAAGAGCAUAACUUCUGAGCAUAGCCCUUCAUCUGCUUUACUGGCUAGCACACACAUUUCAUCUAAUAGCAGUAGUGUUGAUGUGCAGAAUGCAGACUUCAAUGAUAGGAAUGUAUCUGCUGAACUGAGGCAUAGCGUUUCAUCUCCAACAAAGUCCAGAGAAGCGUAUGCUAUCAUUAGUGAAGAUGAUAUUCACAAAGUUGAUCCCAGCUAUGUGCUCAGGAAUAAUUCAAGCUCAUCAACUAGCAUACGAAAGCCGUCUUCUGUUAAUGACCAAUUGACAGAGACGGGGCCUGAUGCUCUAACUGUCACUGAAAGAGAAUGGAUGGUUGAAGCAAGGAGUCGUCAUAAAGUACCCGUUUUAGUCAUCAGAGAGAAAACACGUAUCAAGUGGCAAUUUACAGCUGAUAGUACGGCAUUGUCAUUUGGUAUAUUGUUUAAGAAGAAAGAAUCAGAAGAUGAAGGACGGGAACUGAUACCCAUGAAACGUGUGACAUCUGCCAAGACUGAUCACUCUGGAGAGCUGACUGCCCAACGAGCUGGAAUAUAUUGUUUAGUGUUUGACAACACGACAUCGAGCUCUUCUUCACGAAAAGUAUCAUACAGAGUAGAAGUCAUCAAAAGCUCAUGACGGUUGACAUUUAUUUGUUCACAUUGCAUGCAUGGUAUGUGGUGAUUUUGUAAUAUUAUUGAAUAUUUAUUGUAGUGCAAUGAGACUUAGGUCUCGUAUUGUCAGUUGUGCGAAUUGUUAUGUAAUCAAGUGUAUGCUUGUGUACAUCUUAGUAGUGUGAAGAUGUUGUUUUCUGUUGCUUAACUAUCUAAACAAUUUUGUAUUUGUACCGAACUGGUGAGAUCAGGACAUACAAUUGAUGCUAGCUGAAUGUCUUUUUAUCACCAAAGUAAA